AUGUUACCAUCCGAGCAAUUUGAUUCCACCAGAGUUCAAAAUGAGUCAAAGGGUAUUCAGAAUGGAGUGGAGGAAUGGGACGGAACUGACAUCAGCCUGUUUAGUUCUAACAUAGGCUUCUUUCAGGCUCAGGGAAAUGCAGCUGAGGUAGGACAGGCCUUGUCUGAGAAUGAAAUUCAUCGACAAAUGCAAGACUUCAAAGAGUUUUGCAACUUAGAUGAUUUGUAUGUUGAUGUUGUAUCUCCUCCUUUUCAAUCUUGUGAUGAUAACGAGAUCAGGACCAUUCUUGGUAUCAGCUCCCAGAGUUCUGAGCAGACAGAAGUCGGACAGGAAGGGUCAUAUGUGCCCCUGGAGAGAUAUUUUGAGCUUCUGAGGAGACACCAGGGCAAGCGGUUAAGAUCAGAUGGAGAAAAAUCUAAUGCAGAUUCUCAAACACAAACAACACAUAGUCGAAGCUCAAUGAUGUCAACUGAAAAAAUCAUAGAACUGGCCACUGAAAAUUUCAUCCAGGCCAUCUCCAAGAGCAAAGAAAUCUCCGUAGUUAGCCAUCCGUAUCCAAGUUCGAUGACUUUAGGCUACUCUACAGACGACUUAAAAGCAAUUGAACUUGUGCAGAAUCUUCUGUUGUCGGCUGAUAAAGUAGAUGAGAAGAAGUACGAAUGUGCUAGAAAACUCCUGGAGGAGUGUGACAGAAUGAGCUCAUCUGCAGGUACUCCCAUUCAGAGACUUGUGCUCUAUUUCGCGGAAGCUCUGUAUGAGAAGAUUGAUAGGGAAACGGGAUCGAUAUCACCGAAAGGUAUGGGGAAAAGAAUUUUACAUCCUCGUGAGGAUUUGCAGCAUACUAAUAAAUUCCGAAUUUCCCUUCACAAAAAUCAACCUCUCUCUCAGAUUGCACAGUUUGCAGGAAUCCAAACUGUUAUAGAACAUGUAGCAGAGGCCAGAAAGGUCCAUGUUAUUGACCUUGGGAUCAGAAGUGGAUUGCAAUGCACAAUCUUGAUGCAAGAACUUGCAGCUCGACAGGAACGUAAUGUUCAGCAUCUUAGGAUAACUGCUGUCGGAACCAGAUCAAGGCCAUCAAUAGAGCAGACAGGAAGACAAUUGAUGGCCUUUGCUGAGUCCUUGAACUUGAACUUCUCUUUUCAUAUAGUCAUGGUAGCCGAUAUCUUGGACCUCAACGAGCGCCUCUUUGAGCUGGAUGCUGAUGAAGCUGUUGCUGUCUACUCGGCCUAUACUCUCAUGCAUAUGAUCGGACAGGCUGAUCAGCUUGAACAUAUCAUGAGAGUGAUCAAAAGCAUUAGGCCUUGUGUUAUGAUUGUCACAGAACUGGAGGCAAAUUUUAAUUCUCCAGUUUUUGUACGCCGUUUCGUUGAAGCCCUUUUCUUCUAUGGUGCGUUCUUCGACUCCAUGGCAGAAUGUUUGAAAAAUGAUGAGGGAAACAGAAGGGAGGCGGAAUCUAUAUGUUUCAGUUCAACCAUAAGAGACGUUGUGGCAGCAGAAGAAAGCAAAAGGAAGAUCAGGCAUGUGCGUUUAAAUGUCUGGAGAGCAUUCUUUGCACGUUUUGGGCUAGCGGAGACAGACCUGGGCAUGUCAUCUCUUUAUCAAGCAAAUUUGGUGCGGCAGGGAUUCCCGUCUGGCAGCUCGUGUACAUUAGGCAUGAAUGGCAAAUGCUUAACUAUAGGGUGGAAGAGGACACCUCUUUGUACAGUUUCAGCAUGGAAGUUCCUGAGAGAUUCUGAUGGAUGA